UCCAAUGAGUGGGAGUUGCAUGUGAGACGGAUGAUAACAGUUUAUUCAGCAUAUAACCGAUACUGUAUCACAAGAUUAAGCUUGUGAUGUAUACAUCUAGCCUGCUAGCUUGUGUAUGAACCUGUAGCUAAAUAUUGCCCGAGGACCCUGUGAACAUCAGUAUUUUAAACUUGUAACCUUAGCAAACAUUCAGCAACUGUGGACCCCUUGUUUUGUAACGUUGCGAAGAAGAAGAGCAACAAAAUGAUGGAGCUACCGAACUACAGUAACCAGCUGAUGCAGCAGUUGUGGGCCCUGAGGAAAGAGGGCCACUUCUGUGACUGCACUAUCCUGGUGGGAGACAGCCCUCAUCGUGCACAUAAACUGGUGCUGGCUGCCUCCAGCAUGCUCUUCAGGUCUCUCCUGGAUGGCUCUGACACUAUCUCCAUCGACACAGCAGUGGUUUCCUCCCAGGAGUUUAGCUGUCUGCUGGACAUGGUGUACACCGGCAAGUUGCCUCUGGGCAAACACAAUGUCAGUCGCAUUGUCACAGCUGCAGACAACCUGCAGAUGUUUGACGUGGCUGUUGGCUUUAAAAACAUCCUCACCAGCCUUGUGAACCAGCAACCACCAGUCCACGUCCUUUCUACACAGACUUCAGACAUCAGCGGGACCAACAUAGUCCAGAGCAUGUACUCUGAAGGCCCAGCUUCAUCCAACAGGGAAAAGGUGACAUCAGACAAGAUGGAACUGAAACCUGGCUUAAAAAACGAAGAUGCACAGGAACCAUCAUGUAAACGAUUCUGUGUAGGGCUCUCUAAGUCCUCAGCACCUGAAGAAGCCUUAGAAAAUGUUGAGGAAGAAAAUGACACCAUGGCAGCCAAGCUUUCCAAUGAGUCUGCCACAGGUCUUCUGAAACACUCCUCUCAGCUUGUGGAACUCCUCGCCAACAUGUCGUCUGUCCUGGAGCACCUGAGCCAGGCGGCACAAAGCAGUCUAGAUGAACAGAAGAGACGGGUUGUGUGUCAGUGCUGUGAGGAGGCAGAUCCCAGCUCAGCAUUGGAGAAGCUGAUGAGCAGAGUGAAUGAGGGGCAGCUCAGUGAGGGAGCACUUUUCAAUCUGCUCCGAAGCAUCCAGCAGAAAGCUGCUUCUACCUUCCCUCAAUCACUGGUGUCUUUGCUGGAGAAGGUGGAGAAGAGUGCACAGGAGCCAAACAGAGGCCCAGCUGCAGUGGAAUCAGAACACCAGAAUGGCACCAGCAGUGAAGAAAAGCAUGGGGAAGAGGAAGAAGAGAGUAAGGAGGAAAGCAGUAAUGAUGACAGAGAUCCAAAUGCUACAAAAGACUCUCCCCUCGCUCUCUCCUCCUCCUCCCCAAUUCCCUCCAAGCCUUACUCCUGUCGCUGGUGUGAGAAGGGUUUUGCCUAUAAGUGUCGAAUGCUGGCUCAUGUAAAGCGAUGCCCCAUGUCCGAGGAGUGUGAGCAGCAAUGCCCACUGUGCCCUAAGAAGCUGGCCAACCAGCGGGCCCUGCAGCUCCACCGGGCUGAAGCUCACCGCAACAGUGCACAUAUCAAGAAGAAGGUGACCUGUGACAUCUGUGGACGGGCCUUUGCCCACCCAUCAGGUAUGAUUUACCACAAGCGAACUGAGCACUUUGAGGAAAAGCCAUUUGCUUGUGAGGAAUGUGGCGCAAAGUUCGGUGCCAACUCAUCUCUGAAGAAUCACAUGCGGUUGCAUACAGGAGAGAAACCCUACCACUGCAAACACUGUGACAUGAGCUUCAGCGUGGCUGCUGCACUUGCAUAUCACACCAAGAAGAAGCACUCUGAGGGGAAGAUGUAUGUGUGCCAGUACUGCAAGGCUGUUUUCGCCCAGUCCAUUGAACUGACACGUCAUGUGCGAACACACACUGGUGAUCGACCUUAUGUCUGUCGGGAAUGUGGCAAAGGCUACAGCCAGGCCAGUGGACUCACUGUCCACCUGCACACCUUUCAUAACAUGUCAGAGCCCCAUGACUGUCAGAAGUGCUGCCUCAGCUUCUCCUCGCUGGAGGAGCAUCAGCAGCACAUCCAGGAGGUCCACCCAAAGGAGUUUCACAAGUGUCCCAUCUGCAGCAAGGUGUUCACCAGCGCCGCCCUCCUGGACAAACACAAGGGCACACACACUGGAACCAAGCCCUUCAGCUGUGACAUCUGCAACAAGUCUUACCAGCAACUGUCAGGCCUGUGGUAUCAUAACAGGAUCAACCACCCUGAUGUGUUUGCUAACCACACCCGGCAGCUCAAGACCCUGGUCCAGUGUGAUGUGUGUUUCAAGUUCUUUCCCAGCAUUGCCAGUGUGGCCAAACACCAAGCUGCUGAGCACCAAGGCUCAGCAGCAUCAGCAGUGCACUGUAUGUACUGCCCAGCUGUGUUGGGCGGAGAGGAGGAGAUGCAGGAACACAUCAACAGCCAGCACAUCAGCCAGAGCAAUGAGGCAUUCAGCUGCCCGCUCUGCUCCCUGGUCUGCACCGCCCAGGUUGAGCUGCAGGAACACCUGCUCUCUUGCCAUGUGGAGACACAGGAGGAGCAAGAGCAGGCCUCCGUCUCCCACACAGUCAUCUCAGCAGCUCCAGCGGAUGAUGAAAGGGCGGAGUCAGUCAUCUUCGAGGAGCAUGCACAACUGGCAGCUGCCCAGCAGGUGCUGGUGGCUCUGACAGGUGAAAGAGAGGGUGGAUCAUCAGCCGAAGUGGUGGAGGUCAACAUGUAUGACCUGCUGAAUAGCUCAGUCACCUUCAUCUGUGAGGACAAACCUCAGGUCAUGACUCUUAGCCAUGAAGCCCUGGAGGAUCAGGCUGGACACUGAGUGUAUUUAUGCUUUUGUCUCCUCUGAUCAUCAACACAACUAAUUCACAAGCUAAGGACUCUUUGUGUUGUAUGUUCACAUUUCACCCAAGUCUUUCUUGGAUAGAAUUGUUUUGUUCUUUUAAAUUAAUAUGAUCAAAGCUUAUAUACAGUCAGAAACUCUGGUUGGCUUAUAAGGGUCAUCCCCAGAAGAGAAUAGAAAGUCAAAUGCCAUACAGAGAAGCAGAUUCAGAGAGUUAGUAUUAGACUGUGGGGGAAAAAAUCACUGCUAGCUUUUUGUUGCGCUUUCAACCAAAACAGAGCAAACUCCUUUCACUGAUGAAGAUCAAGAUCUGGUUGUGUUGUUGUUUUGUGUAACUUAUCACUUACACUUACAUCUUCUACUAAAGAUGUAAAACUUUAAAGUCCCCAUGUCGUGCUCAUUUUGCUAAUUUCCAGCCAUUUAUUGUUUAAUCUCAGGUACCCCUACCUGCAUGGCACCCAUCAUAACUCCAAAUAGUCUGUAAUUAUUUCAGAAUGAUAAAACCAAAGGGCCUCAUCCCAAAAAUGAGAGGAGAGUUCAUAACUGUGCACAACUCCUGCUGCUGGUGUUGUGUCAAAAGUGAACAGCACAAUGAACCGUGA